AUGGAAAUGGAAAACAUAGACACUGCAUUACAAAUCUCCUUGAUUGCCCAGAAAAGACUUGUGGUGCAAUGCCCCGAUGAGUCCCGACUAGUUUCCUUAAUAUCCGAUAUGAUAUUGAAACCAUCAAAUCUACAAUACCAUGUGGUAGAGCUCACAGAUGAACCCUCUAUAGACGACUUGGUAUUGCCAUUUAGUGAGGCCAAUGUGGUGAUAUGGAAAGGUAUUCAACAGACUUCAAAGGAAUACCAAAAGAAGUUAUAUCUUUUCUUCAUGCAAUUGGAUCAAUUUGAUCUACUAACUAAAAGAGAGAGUGGUGAACCAAUUACUAUAAAUGAUACCAAAGUCACCCUACCUGAACCCUUCACAAUUAUUAUAACUAUGAUGCAUAAAUACUACAAAACGAAUAAACUUUAUCCUUUAUUAAAGGAAAAGUUUUGGUUUCUGAUUAAUUAUGUUGAGUCUGAAGAUUCUUCUUCACCCUUUCAUAGAUCAUCGUACAGACCACAUCUUAAUGUGCCAUACAAAAGUCUAAGGUCUGAAUCCGACAAGAUAUAUAUUGCUCCAGUGAUCCAGCAAUACAUGUACUCCUUAGUUGUGUUUUCUCGUACCCAUAGAUUGUGUUCAUUAUCUCCUAAGACCACAAGAUUACCCACUACAUCAAUUGAGAACCUCCAUCUUUUAGCUCGAACGGUUGUGGCGUUCAAUAAUUAUUUGAUUACCCAAGACUUGCCCAAUGCCACCAAUUUACCCUUGAAUUAUGUCUCUGGAGACAUUGCUAAAGUUGUGUUCCGCCAACUUGCGUCGUGGUUAAUUGAUUGGGAAUAUAAUACGGUUUAUUCUACAUUGAAGCCUGAAAGGGGUGGCAGAGCCAAAAAGUAUCACGAGGAGACGAAUGAUUAUAAUAGCUUUAGUGAAAGUCCAGAAGUUAGCAGUAUAGCCCUGAGUUCUAACGCCCAAAGAGAUUUUAUGAAGUUGGAGAUCGCUACUUUAACUGGUAAUUGGUAUGGCAGUGAGUGGAGGUUUGUUCGCAGUUAUUUGGUAGGUGCUCAAUCGAAACUUGAAAAAGAUUCGCCCACUGGAUACACCAAUAUGAUAGUAGAUGAAACUUUGAUGGCUGUUCGACCUCCAUUAUGA